AUGGCGACUGGAUACGUGGUUUCCGUGAGCGCUAUUCAGGUGAUUGCGAGAAUCCGAACUGAUGAUCUCUCUUCCCCAAAAGUACCUUGCGUGACUUGCGAAUGGUUUUCGGUCUCGAGCAGGUGGGCAGUUAUUUCAUUGAGCAGUACUACCAGAUUCUCCUGCAGCAACCAAAUUUCGUCCAUCAGUUCUACACGGAUUCAAGCACCGUGGUGCGCAUUGAUGGGAGCAUGGCUAAUACUGCUUCUGGCAUGCUAGUAGGUCUUUCCUCACUCCUCUCUCUAAGGAUUUCUAUGAUUUUCUGGCAUUCCCUUUCUCCUGGAAAAUGGGAAUUGCUUCAUUUCAUAAUCGGUUGACCACCCUUAAUGUCAGUGAUGAUUAACGUAAUGUGGAUAGCGACUAUCUGGGAACAGUCAUAUGUUUUCCUUUGAUUGGAGCUUUUCACCUCUUCCCUGAAGCUUUGGUUUCUUAGAAAGAGGUUCUUUUUCUUUGUAAUCAGUGACCUAGAAAAAGAAAAAGAAAAAGAAAAAACAGUCAUAUACCUCGACUAUGCUUUGAAUACUUCUCUGCUCACGACCCAACAUUGGAGAAGACGAUAUCCCAAUUCAAUUGCCCAAGUAGCUGCAAGCUCUGCCUUCUUCUAUGCGCAGCAUGUUCAUGCGUGGUUUUAAUCCUUUAUGGACUACAUCUGGAGCCAUUUGUCUGUGGAUUCUCUAAAAUCUCUAGAUCUUGCAAGAAAAUCAUGUUUUGGAAUUAUUUAUGAUUAGUGAUGUUUUAGUGUGCGAGCAUCUAAUUGCCUAUAUGGAAACUUUGGUGCCUUCUUUCUUCGUGCUUUCUCAUGUUUCUGCUCUAUAUAUUUCCCUCUAUCUGCAGUAUCUGAGAAUGCUGAACUCAUGAUUAUAUGAGCUUAUUCUGAGGUGAAGGUUGUUUUACUAAUUGCAGCAAAUACAUAAUCUCAUAAUGUCUCUCAGCCUUGGUGGCAUUGAGAUCAAAACAGCUCGUUCUUUGGAAUCGUGGGGUGGAGGCAUUCUAGUCACAGUAUCAGGUUCUGUGCAUGCCGGGGAGUUAGGUGGCUGGAGAAAUUUUGUGCAGACAUUCUUCCUGGCACCUCAGGAGAAAGGAUACUUCGUUCUCAACGACAUAUUUCACCUUCAGGAUGAAGAACAACAGCUUCCACGCGUAGCAACAAUGUCGGGAUAUAAUGAUUUCGAUUCCAUGUAUAAAUCUUCCUUCCCAAAUCAAGAGACAGGUACAUGUGCAUUUAUCAUCUUGGAACAAUGUCUAAUGGAAAUUGAUGGUUUUAUAACACUAUUGGACUAAUGCUUUGUGACUGCUAUGAAACUGAGUACUUAGCAUCCACGUUUCUGGGAUCCUUAGAACUUUUAAAUUUUCUACUGUGUGAUUGCCCACUUGCUUUCAAAAACGUCCAAAAAAAUGUUGCCCAAUGGAAGAAUAAAGUUACUUUCUGAGAAAUGAAGAAAAAAAAAAAAAGAAAUUUGAUGCUGAGCAGUGACAUCACAACGAUCCAUGCCAGUGUUAUCUGCCAUUAUUGCCUAGAAAAGGAAAUAUAUCAUAUUCACAUUUAUACAUGUAACCAAAUUAUGGUUUUUCAUACCUAGACGUCCUUUUCUGAUUUUUUGUUCUUUCUAUCAAAUGGUCUGAUCAAUCCUGGGUUGAUGCCUAAAUAAAUGUCGAGCUUUAGCAGCCUUUAAACGCAUUAUUGUUGGAGAAGUCCCAAGAAAUGGCAUUUUAGUACCUGCGAAUGCUGAAGAAAGUAAGGCUGAUGAGCAUAUCACCCCUGCAUUCCAAGGUGGCCGGGAGAAUGUUUGUAAGGCUGAUGACCGAGCUGAAGGAGCAGCCACAGAACAGCCUGCAUCUUCAUUUCCAAGCUCAUCCAAUUUUCAAUGCCAACACUCUUCCCCCGUUGAUGAACCCAUUGAAGAACUGAGACACACUUAUGCUUCAGUUGUAUGUAUCACUUUGUCGGCCUUUCAUCACUCUAUUCUUAUUUCUUGUGACAUGGUCUAAUUUAUCGCCAUUUAUGAUGCCAUCUAUUUGUAAGUUGCAAGUCCCCAAAGGACGAACUGGACAUGCUCAAAGUCCAGAAACGGCCGGAGCAAAACAAGCGUCCCCAGCAUCUGAGCGGCAUCAUAUACCACAGAUUACUCAUCAGCAGUCAAAUCCUGCCUUUGAAGUUGAGGAUGCGACAGCAGCAGAUGAAGGUGAAACUCUGUUAUUUUAGUAGUAAUGAGUAGUACCAUACGAAUGAGCUUUAUGAGUAAAUGGAACAUUGGUCUAUCUCAAUGUAGUAAUGAGUAGUAAUAUCCCCGAUGAAUACUUGGUUUUCAAUUUUUGUGAUAUUUCCACUUUUUGUACGUCUAUUAAUAUUAUGAUUUUUCUUAAGAAAUUUUAUUCGGUUGAAUAGGUUGAUGUGUGCUACCGUCACUGUUGAUGGUGUCGCAGAAGGCUAAAACCCUCUUCGGUUACUUUGAUUUCACAUGCCCGUAAUCCUUGUUGAUGGAUGGUGUUGAGGUUUCCCUCCAAUUAUACUAUUCGGCCAGAUAUGUGGGAAGAUUAAAAAUCGUGGUUUUUUUAAGAGUUUAGCGAUUUAUUUUCCAUUUUAUUGUGAAAUCGAAUAAUAGAAAACAAUGUAAGAUUAUAGUUUGGUUUCCUAUUUUCGGUAUCAUUUCAAUGCAGGGUUUUCAUGCCCCUUCUCACCUUGCUUUUCUCUUAGGUGGGGCUACAUCUGUUUACGUGAGAAACCUACCUUCGUCUGCGUCUGCUUCGGAACUCGAACAGGAGUUCCUAAGUUUUGGGAGAGUCAAGCCUGGUGGUGUUCUUAUCAAGAACAGGAAGGUUCUCCCCACAUCUCUCUAUUUUCUCGACUGAAAGGCCCUUCGUCGUCAUCCCCCGUCCAUUAAAUCCGAAGAAUCUUGGGUCAGCGGGGCCAUGGAUUCUCUAUCCAACCAUUACCAUUUUCAAUGCAUCAUUUUUAUGUUGACCAUCCCCAUCUGGGUCCUUUCGGGUUCUCUUCUUCCCCCUUCUUGGGACCUCUCGGUCUGAGAUUUUGCAAUGCCGAAGACCAAACUCAUAUGUUCCAAAUCUCUCCUUCUAAUGCUCAGGAAGCUGGCGUCUGCUACGCUUUUGUGGAGUUCGAGGAUACUCGCGGUGUUGAGAACGCCCUCCGGGUAUGGUCUCUGUGGGACCCGAUCACCGUCUCCAGUCAUUGCUCUGUGUAUCCCCUAAUCGGCCCCAUCUGCUUCCUCUCAGGCUUCUCCAAUCCAGUUCUGCGGCUACCCAAUACAUGUGGAAGAACGAAGACCCCGAAGCCAAGUAGCUCCAGGAGGUGCGAUCCCGCCAGCGCAUGCCUUUUUUUAUGUGAUAAAACUUAGUUAUCCUUCGUCAAAACCAUGCUGAUUUCACUCAGAAUUUCUCGCGGUGGGAUUGCUUCGGCGGCAGAGACCCCUUGAGUCAUACGUUAGAUGUCUGUGUUUAUGUAUGCGUGUGCCCUUCAUUGGCACCAUGAAUGGUUUUCUGGAUUCUGGGCAGGAAGGAGUAGGCCGAGGGGAGGGCGAUUGGCGGAGAAGGCACCGAGGGGGGCCGGGCCCGGCGCUGCUCGGAGGUCGGGGCGGGGUAGCCGGCAGGAGAAUGGCGGCAGGGCGAGGGCAAAUGGCUCCCGCCGCCGCCAUGAACAACCGGCUGCGAUCGAAAUCUCAUCCUCCUGA